CAAGAUCUCAGAGCUCCAGCCGCUUCUCAUUCUCGAGUCUGCCGGUGUUUUGUGUGAGUUUUUGUGUCUUGGCAGAUUAAGUAGCCUAUCUUUUGGAUAUGAGGAAAGAUCGUACCCUUUUCUUUUAAUCGCGUUUUCUGGCUGUACCUACUAAUGGAGUGAGCGCGGAUCAUCUGAGCCCGUUCUCCCGGACAGAGACCCGCUUUGUUCGACCAGUAGCCAAAUAGACGAAUCACGUCUGCUAUCGAAAUGAACGACACGGAGAAAGAUAACAAAUCUGAUGAAGACUCGGUAUCCCUGGAGGAAGAGGAGGUUGACCCGAGGAUUCAGGGUGAACUGGAGAAACUGAAUCAGUCGACAGAUAACAUCAACAGAUGGGAGACCGAACUGGAGGACUCCCGACAGAAGUUUCGUGCCGUCCUAGUGGAGGCCACGGUCAAGCUGGACGAGCAGGUCAAGAAGAUCGGUAAAGCCGUAGAAGACUCCAAACCGUACUGGGAGGCCAGGAGAGUGGCGCGUCAGGCUCAGGUUGAAGCUCAGAGAGCCACGCAGGAGUAUCAGCGGGCCAUCGAGAUCCUCCGGGCCGCGAAGGAAACCAUCGCUCUGGCCGAGGAGCGUCUGCUGGAGGAGGACAGCCGGCAGUUUGACUCGGCCUGGCAGGAGAUGCUCAACCAUGCCACCCAGAGGGUGAUGGAGGCGGAGCAAAGCAGGACACGCAGUGAAAUCGAGCACAGAGAAACAGCAGCUAAAUACAACGCCGCCAUCAGCCACAUGAGACAACUGGAGAAAAAACUCAAACGCACCAUCAACAAGUCCAGGCCGUACUUUGAAUUAAAGGCCAAGUAUUAUCUACAGCUCGAGCAACUGAAGCGACGGGUUGACGAGCGUCAGGCUAAACUCACCCAGGCCAAAGCCGAGUAUCGGACCGCCCUUCGUAACCUGGAGACCAUCUCAGAUGAGAUCCAUGCACGGCGCCGACUGUCUGCCAUGGGGCCCCGGGGCCGAGGGGUGGGGGCCGAAGAUGACGGGACUGUCACCGAUGACAUCGAAAACUUCAAAAUGGAGUCUGACGGCAUAUCGAUGAUGUCUGUGAAUUUCGAGGACAGCUGUAACGGCUCGCCAUCAGAGGACGAUCCUGAGACCCAGUCCACCUGCAGCAUGAGCUCCACGUCUGCUCCUCUCGACCUGCCCUGUCCUUCCUCCUCCUCCUCCUCCUCCUAUCCUCUGCUCUCUUCCUCCUGCCCGUACCCUUCCUCUUCCUCCUCCUCCUCGUCCCUCUCUGUCUGUCCUGACCUGCUCCAGCUGCCAGGCUCGGGGUCUCUGGAGGGUUUUGAGCAGGUGUCUCCGGUGCUGGGCCCUCGUAGUGAGUGCAGCGGGGCCUCGUCACCCGACUGUGAACAGGAAAGAGGUGAGAGGGCAGAAGGAGCAGAAGUUAAACCUGAACCUUCAAACAACAUCAGCAGUCAGAAAAGCUCCCGCCUGGAGAAGAGCCUGCGCAGUUUAUCUCUCGAUGACGACACAGACGCUCAUCCAUUCACUGUGACCUCAAACACAGCAGCAGUGCUGCUUCUCAACAGUGUUUAAGAAGCCCACCUUCCCACCACCUGCUCCAACCAAACCUUCAGCGCAGGGGCCCGUAUCUGAGACGACAGUAUGAUGCAUCAAAGGAACCAUUGUGAAACUGCUAUCAUCUCAGUGUUACAGAGAGCUCAUCUCAGACUGGUUUGAAGCCAGAAAAACCAUGAAGUAUUAGAAUCGUCGUGCAGACAUCAGCUAUGAAGUGACUAGAACUAUUGAACUUUUCAUCAUCACUGAGUGGAUGUUCUUCAUGUCUUGUUUUCUGUCCUUUGCGUCUCACUAGCUGAUUCAAAACUGGCUGGAUUUUGAUGAAUUAGAAUGGAUGAAACCACCUGAUUCUCCAACGACUGGUUGUGUAAAUGAAGCUUGCCUCUGAAAAUCGGCCAGUGUGAUGCCAGCACUUGUUUUUCACUCUUGUCUUACUCUAUGUUUUCCACUCCACAGGUCAUAACGUAAAGAGGGACUCACGUAGUUCAAAGCUAUAUAUUUAUACUCAACGUUUAUCUCGCUAUCAUGAUGUUAUCGAUGUGUUUUCAUGCAAGUUCUUAUUUGUGUAAUAAACAGAUGCUCA